AUGAAUAUUGCAGAGGGCACUGUUCUGCUUCUUUGGUUUUUUUGUAGUCAGAAUUUGAUAUAUGGUGAACCACUGAGUCUUUUAAUUGGUGCUGGUUCAGCUAUUGCCGCUUCGCUAAGUAUUUUCAGUUAUUAUGCCCGAUGUAAACUUCUUGAAUGUUGUGAUAGUUCUUGGAUACGAGGAGAUUAUAAAGGUUUACAGCAUUCUAUGCAUACGCGAUUAUAUGGGCAGCAUUUAGCCAAGGAAACUAUAAUAACAGCUGCAAUUGCGCACUGGAAAAAUCCAAGUCCUAAAAAAGCUUUGGUGAUGUCAUUUCAUGGAUGGACUGGUUGUGGUAAAAAUUAUCUUAGCUCGAUGAUUAUCGAGAAUUUGUACAAGAAAGGAAUGAAAAGUGAUUAUGUUCAUGUUUAUGUCUCGACGCUACAUUUUUCAAACUAUUUGGAAAUACCACUUUAUCAGGUACAGCUACGUUCAUGGAUACAAGGAAAUGUAUCGAAAUGCGAACGAAGUUUGUUCGUCUUUGAUGAAGUAGACAAAAUGCCUGCUAAAGUAAUUGAUGCCAUAAAGCCUUUUAUUGACCAUUAUGAAUAUUUGGAAGAUGUUGAUUUUCGGAAAAGUAUUUUCAUCUUUUUGAGUAAUUCUGGAAGUAAUGAAAUAGCCCAGAAAGCACUUCAGCAUUAUGAAGAUGGAAAAAUAAGAGAAAAAUUAACAUUGAAAGAAAUGGAAGACGUUGUUAUGGCAAGUGCAUUUAACACUGAAGGCGGGCUAAAAAUGAGUGAAUUGAUCUCAGCACAUUUGAUUGACCAUUUUGUUCCUUUCUUACCCCUAGAAAGGAGGCAUAUACUGCUUUGUAUUCGAGAUUAUAUGCUUUCUCAUGAUUUCACGCCGACAGAUGAACGUAUCACUGCUAUUGCCGAUUCUUUGCAGUAUUUUCCUAAAACAAAUCCGAUCUAUUCUUCAUCUGGUUGCAAACGGGUUGCUCAGAAGACUGAACUGUUCAUAUCUGCAGAGCGUGAAAAAGAGCGCCAGCGUUUUGAAAAUUUUCAAGAUGAUGAUAUGUUAUAG